AUGGUGGAAGGUGGUGUCAAAAAAGCAGACAAGACAGAGUUCACUGAGUGCUGGAAGACAACAUGGAAGACCCCUUACAUUAUGAGGCUUGCGCUGUCAGCUGGGAUUGGAGGCCUCCUGUUUGGUUAUGACACAGGAGUGAUUUCUGGUGCCUUGCUCUAUAUCCGCGAGGACUUCCAACAAGUUGACAGGAAAACAUGGUUACAGGAAACCAUUGUGAGUAUGGCUGUAGCAGGUGCCAUUGCUGGUGCUGCGUUUGGAGGAUGGAUAAACGACAGGUUUGGCAGGAAAAAAUCAAUUUUGGGUGCUGAUGUGCUAUUUGCUGUGGGUGCCAUAAUUAUGGCUGUAGCUCAAGCUCCGUGGGUAAUUAUUCUUGGAAGGUUUUUCGUUGGUUUAGGAGUUGGCAUGGCUUCAAUGACUGCCCCUCUUUAUAUUUCAGAAGCUUCCCCUGCUCGAAUUCGAGGUGCACUAGUUAGCACAAAUGGUUUGCUAAUUACAGGAGGGCAGUUUCUGUCUUACCUUAUCAACCUGGCCUUCACUAAGACUAGUUGGACUUGGCGUUGGAUGCUUGGAAUCGCCGCUGUUCCAGCCUUGGUUCAAUUCAUCUUGAUGCUAUCUCUUCCUGAGUCUCCUAGAUGGCUUUACAGACGGGACAAGGUAGAAGAAGCCAGGUCCAUCCUAGAGAGAAUAUUUCCUGCUGAUGAAAGCAGUAUUGGGAAAAGGCCACCAGCUACAGUUGCUAUGGCUAUCAUUGCCAGAGUGGAAGAGCAUCAGUCCAAGGAAGCUGAGUCUGCACAUCUUUGGUUCUUUCUUUGA